AAUCAUGGUUAGCACGGUAAAGCGUAACUCUACGGGGCUUCCAUAGUUUGACAAUCGGCUGAAGAGCGAUUUGGCCUUAGCAACAAUGCACAGGGAUUGUCCACAGGCCGAGCGAACUUGGAAGUGAAGAGUGUUAGCAUUUGUGAAUCUCUGAAGCGUUAGAGGCCCAGGACGAUCCGCCAGAGUGUCUUGUGGAGACAGGGACGAACAAGUAUCCAUUUGGAACAUUCAAAAGGACUCUAGUAACAACACGACACUGACACGGCGAAGGAGGGGUCAUUGGUGGUCUGAUUGGGGGACUUUGUGACGCUCACCCUUGUGUCGUUGAAGGAAGGGUUGAAGGUCUCACUUCCAUAAACUUUGUGUUGUUAGACAAGGAUCUAAAGAGGGACCAAACACAAGCGGACAAAGGACAGAUCUCUUCACGAAGAAGUUUGUGACGAAGUUAUUGACGAUUAGCUUUCGUUAGUAAGUAAUUGAAACAUGAGCGAAAUCGGAAGUCAAAAAGGCAGUGAGGCCGGCAGCAAAAAGAGUGAAAAGCCCCUGACGAAAGAGGAGAGGGAACAGGAGAGGGAAGAACGCAGGAAAAGGCUGAAUAAGAUUUAUCGGUGUCCUCCAACGCCUCCACCAGAGUUUCUCCUCGCGAAGGAGAAGACAUUCGUUCUUGACAACAAUGCAACCAGCUCCAUCUCGAACGAUUACUCCAAGGCGAACCCUAAACUUGGCCCGGUGAUCCCUCCCUACCUAUCACGCAGAGAUAAACAUGUCAGGAACUAUUUUCAUUUUGUUCAGGUGCCGGAGGUAUUAGAGAAAACUGGACAGAUGGAAGAAAAAGACGGAAAGAAAAGAUGGGUCGGAAGCUCGAUCGAAGGGGUUGCAAUGGACAAAUUCCACAGCAGAGGAGCAGGAUACCUCUACCUAAAGCUUAGGAAUGACCACGGAGCAGGUCAUUCGCGAGAGAGCAUAGACGGCCACGCACAGUUCAUGCAGGGAAUCAAACCAGCCAUAGGGUGGCAUGGAUCCUACGGAUAUCGCCGCACGACGCCCUGGCUUCGACGGGAACCAUCUCAAUUCGGCAUAGUCAGCAGAUCAGCAUGCCAUGAAGCUGGGCCAUCUCCACGAUAGAUAUUGUGUCCCUGGCAUUUUGUAAACACGAAUAGCGUUUCACGGAAAUUAACGAGAAAUCACGAAUACGACGUCAUGAAAAUGAAACAGGAUUGUUCACAAGGAGGUCCAAUUUCCUUGGUUAUCAUGAUACAUGUAAAUAUUGACCAGCGAAAAUGUCUUUGACUAGCGUUUUAAGUGCCUUCCAGCACCCACUCAAACACAUCUUUACUCUCGAUGAUACAAGUAAUCGAUAACAUUAAAUUUAACUUUUUAAUUUUAUAUUGAUAAAAAACUCCGGUUUCUGUAGUUGGAUCCCUAACAUUCGUUAAAUGUGUGUCACCAUGUAGUGCCACUAUCGUAGGUGUAGGUUUUCAACGGUAGUGUUGAGGGUCGUCCGCUCAAGCGUUUCUGUGAUAAACUCUAUGUUGUGUAGUCCGUCCAAAGUUUUGCUUCAUAUUUCCCGCUCAAUAGUGUGUCAUCGCCUGUUCACUUUACUAUGCUAUGCCAUACAUCUGUCAAUACAGUAGCGUAGAAAACAGCUGGAAGUAGAGAUACAUGCGCACACUGGCUAUAAUUGUACCGCCUUAGCUUCUAUUGAAUAAAGGGUGUAGCUUUGCUAGCUUUCGUACUAACCUUGUUUAAUUGUAUAAUAUAUAAGAAAGUGGAAAGGCGACUUGGUUUACGGUUCGUCCACUGUUUGUCUCAAAUGUUGCAUUCAGCUUGCUUUAGUAGAAAAUGAUUUUGUGAGUGCUUGUUAGACUGGCACUGUUGGUGAGGACAAGUUUGCAUUGGUGUCUGUAGUUUGUAGACAAACUCUUGUCCGUAUUUUAACAUUUGUGAUACAUGUAUUCAUGCCAAUGUCCAUGUCGGCUUAGUAUGUAUGCCCAAAAAUGUUAUUGUCGAAAAUAUUAGUGAAACUGCUGAAGAACUGACGUGAUUAGAGGAAAAUAUCAUCUUUUAGACGACAUUUUCUUCCUGUGAAUGUCAUAGAUGUUGUAUAGAAUAGAUGAUCACUUCUCUAUAUUGUAAAUAUCAUGAAUUUGCUCAUUAAAUCUUUUGUUGUCAAACAAA